AUGGCGCUCGACUUUCUGGCUGGAUGCGCUGGGGGUGUGGCAGGCGUGCUGGUGGGACACCCGUUUGACACGGUCAAGGUGCGGCUUCAGGUCCAGAGUGUGGAGAAGCCCCAGUACCGAGGGACCUUGCGCUGCUUCGAGGCCAUCAUCAAGCAGGAGGGUGUGCUGGGCCUGUACCGAGGCCUGGGGUCGCCGCUCCUGGGGCUGACCUUCAUCAAUGCGCUGGUGUUCGGAGUGCAGGGCAACACCCUGCGGGCGCUGGGCCGGGACUCGCCACUGAACCAGUUCCUGGCGGGCGCGGCGGCAGGGGCCAUCCAGUGCGUCAUCUGCUGCCCCAUGGAGCUGGCCAAGACGCGGCUGCAGCUGCAGGAGGCGGGCCCGGCGCGCACCUACCGCGGGCCCCUGGACUGCCUGGCACAGAUCUACCGGCAGGAGGGCCUGCGCGGCGUCAACCGGGGCAUGGCAUCCACGCUGCUGCGCGAGACGCCCAGCUUCGGCGUCUACUUCCUCACCUACGACGUGCUGACGCGCGCGCUGGGCUGCGAGCCGGGCGACCGCCUGCUGGUGCCCAAGCUGCUGCUGGCGGGCGGCACGUCGGGCAUCGCGUCCUGGCUCUCCACCUACCCCGUGGACGUGGUCAAGUCGCGGCUGCAGGCCGACGGGCUGCAGGGGGCGCCACGCUACCGGGGCAUCGUCGACUGCGUGCAACAGAGCUACCGCGCCGAGGGCUGGCGCGUCUUCACGCGGGGGCUGGCCUCCACGCUGCUGCGCGCCUUCCCGGUCAACGCCGCCACCUUCGCCACGGUCACCGUGGUGCUCAGCUACGCGCGCGGCGAGGAGGCCCGGCUCGAGGGCGACGCCGGCUCCGCCGCCCUGGCCCAGCCCUCCAGCCUGUGA